ACGAGGAGCUAAUGAAAUAUUUAUAUAAUGUGUAUAAUGGAGGUUUAUGGAGUAUUAGAGAUAUAAUCAUUAAUGUUACCUUUUUCCACAAGUUUUUGGGAUGAGUGGUAUCAUGACAUGGUAUUAGAGCACUAGUUCCGAAAGAUCAAGAGUUCGAUCAUUGGUGAACCCCAAAAUCAGUUUAAUUUUUCGGAAAUGGUUAUUCUAUAUAAUAUGGGGAAUGUUAUUUUGUAACUCAAUAGUCCAUUGUACACAUUGUACAAAUAGUCUAUUGUCUCCCUAGCGGGAUCCUUUUACGAAUUUAUACAAUCGUAGGAGGAGUUUUGUAGUUUUUUGUGAAUUUGGUCAAAUGUGCAUAAACUGCAACAAGAGUCUAGCGAUUUAUGCUUUAGUAUAAAUACGCGAGAGGAAGUUGCGGAUUAUUCAAUUUGCACCAGUUUUCAACUUUUUAGAGAGAGAAAGAAAUGUUUUAGAGAGAGGAAAAGAGAAAAUUAUGGUGAGAAAGACAAAGUUCUUCGUACUUAGAAGAUUUGAUCAUUCGGAUUUUGUUGGGCGCGGGACUAUGGCGGACGAACGCAGCCUUUAUCGGUUCAACGGCGUUGCGCACAUUGCCGACAGUAUCAACGAAGAGCCAAGUAGGUGUAUUUAUAGUGUUUGGAGGCAACAGAACAUGCCUUUACAUGACAGGAUCAUACCCUAUUUGGAGAGGGCUGGUUUGUACCACAUAGCGAGACUGAACACGAGGUGGUUCUGGAUAAAUGAGUCCCUAGUAAGCACAUUCAUUGAGAGGUGGCGUCUUGAGGCGCACACCUUUCAUAAGUCAUUCGAGGAGUUCACCAUCACGCUACAAGAUGUUGGAUACCAAUUGUGUAACACACUAAUAUUCAAAUCCUUAUACUCGCUUAAGAGUGGUUUCAAGAAUUAUUUGGUGAGCUUGCCCCGCCGAAUAUGGGUUCUGCCGGCUGAUGCGACUGAGACCACCGUACGCAUAUAUGCACUUGCGUACAUUAUGAUGUUGCUAUCCACUCAGUUGUUUGGUGACAAGAGUGGAAAUCGGAUUCAUAUACGGUGGUUGCCCUUUGUGGCGAAGCUUGACGAGAUGGGCACUUAUAAUUGA